CCCACAAUUCGCAGUAGCUCCACGUUUCAUAAUCUGUCUCAAAUUCUCAAGUUCUCUAAAGAACGUUGAAGAUGGGUGUGAUGAGAUUUUUGGCUCUGUUUAUUCUUCUCUUUUCAGUACUGAUUUUUCAAGCAGCAGAGGCUAGAAUCAGAAGGUAUAAAUGGGAGGUGAAGUAUGAGUACAAGUCUCCUGAUUGCUUCCAGAAGAUGGUUAUUACCAUCAAUGGACAAAGCCCCGGCCCAACAAUCCUGGCGGAAGAAGGAGACACCGUCAUUGUUGAGCUCACAAAUGGUUUAUUGACAGAAAAUGUCGCAAUCCACUGGCAUGGUAUCAGACAGAUUGGGACGCCAUGGUUUGAUGGAACAGAAGGCGUGACCCAGUGUCCAAUCCUGCCUGGAGAGACCUUCACAUAUGAGUAUAAAGUGGAUAGGCCUGGGACUUAUCUAUACCAUGCCCAUUACGGAAUGCAAAGAGAAGCUGGGCUGUAUGGAUCGAUUCGUGUGUCGGUUGCUCGUGGGAAGACUGAACCCUUUUCCUAUGACUACGACCGGAGCAUCAUCCUCUCUGACUGGUACCAUAAUACCACUUAUGAACAAGUCCUGGGCUUGUCCUCCAUACCUUUUGACUGGAUUGGGGAGCCUCAGUCACUUCUGAUUCAAGGAAAAGGAAGAUACAACUGCUCUCUAGUUUCAAGUCCUUAUGUCUGUAAUGCAACAAGUCCUCAGUGUUCUCCCUAUGUACUCACUGUAGUUCCGGGGAAAACAUAUCGCCUUCGGGUCUCCAGCUUGACUUCCCUGUCAGCUCUCAGUUUCCAAAUAGAGGGUCACAACAUGACUGUUGUUGAAGCAGACGGGCACUUUGUGGAACCCUUUGUGAUAAAAAACCUCUUCAUUUACUCAGGGGAGACCUAUUCUGUUCUGGUGAAGGCUGAUCAAGACCCUUCAAGAAAUUACUGGGUCACAACCAGUGUGGUCAGUAGGAAAAACACUGUCACUCCUCCGGGCUUGGCCAUCUUCAAUUACUACCCCAACCAUCCCAAGAAGUCUCCCCCAACAGUCCCACCCGCUGGCCCUCUUUGGAACGACGUAGAGCCGCGCAUCAACCAAAGUCGUGCCAUUAAGGCUCACCAUGACCAUGUUGUCCCCCCUCCUCUCACCUCAGACAGAGUAAUUCUGAUGCUCAACACACAGAAUGAGAUCAAUGGUUACAGGAGGUGGUCUCUGAACAAUGUGUCCUUCAACCUCCCACACACACCCUACCUAAUUGCUCUCAAGGAGAAUAUCAGUGGUGUCUUUGAUCCAACCCCUGCUCCAGAUUCCUUUGACUUGGAAAAUUAUGAUAUUUAUACCAAGCCAAACAAUUCCAACGCCACGUCCAGCAACUCAAUUUAUAGGCUCAAGUUCAACACAACAGUGGACAUCAUACUGCAAAAUGCAAACACCAUGGUCGUGGAUAACAGUGAGACACAUCCAUGGCAUCUCCAUGGGCAUGACUUUUGGGUACUAGGCUAUGGGGAAGGCACGUUUAACAUGUCCAGUGAUCCAAGAACCUACAAUCUGAUUAACCCAAUUAUGAAGAACACAGCACCUAUUCAUCCUUAUGGAUGGACUGCCUUAAGGUUUCGAUCUGAUAACCCAGGUGUCUGGGCAUUCCAUUGCCAUAUCGAGUCUCAUUUCUAUAUGGGUAUGGGAGUUGUUUUUGAAGAAGGGGUGGAAAGGGUGGGAAAGUUGCCUUCAUCUAUCAUGGGUUGCGGUAAAGCCAAGGGUCUCGGCGGUAGGCCAUAAUUUUUCUUCCAAAUUAUCGACUAAUUGAGCCUUUUGUCGUUGAACCUCCGACGUCAUCCAGGCGUCGUCCUUGGGUUCCGGACCUGCAGCCACCGUCCUUAAGGAGUUUCAUACCGCACAAGAUCACUGUUUUUCGCAUCACCGCUGCGAAUAUUGCUCCGAUUUCACUUUUGAUGGUACCACUGAGAUCGUCCAGCGUCGAUCUACACAUUCGUGGAAACCUCGUCGCCAUCGGAGCCUGCACGCACCACCCAAAGAUUCGGCGACGCUGCUCACGCGCCACACGCGCCACCACGUGCCUCUACUCGCCAGGCUUGUUCUGCUGACGUCAUCCUCUCUGCCACGUCAGCCCUAGCUACGUCACCACUGCUGACGUGUCAGUGCCACGCUAGCCCUAGCUGACAUCAUCUCCACGUCAUCCGUUGACCAGCGUUGACCGUUGACUUUUCCAUGGUUGACCAGGUCCUCCUUACCCAGUUUUUCGCGUAGAUUUCACUUUUGCAGUUUGUUUUUGCAUAUUGUGUCUCUAAAUGGAUAAAAAGGAUAUUUUUCUUUCUCGCCCCAUCAAUACUGUAUUGGAGGGAAAUAAAAAUUACUUAUCUUGGUCUCAAGCUAUGCGCAGUUUUCUUAAGGGUCGCAUGCUCUGACAUUAUUGUACUGGUACAAUGACUAUUCCUGUCAAGGGAGCAAGUGAAGGAGAUGUUGUUUUUCUUAGUCGCAUGAUUGAAUGAGAUAGUCAUAACCACAUGAUCCUCACAUGGAUUCGAAACACUUCCAUUCCCUCUAUUUCCAAUCUGAUGGGCAGCUUUGAUGAUGCAAAAUCUGCAUGGGAUAUGUUGGCCAAAAGGUACUCCACUACUCAUGGAUCCCUGAAAUAUCAGUUAGUGGUUGAAUUACAUCAACUCAGGCAAGAACCAGGGCAAUCCAUCAAUGACUAUUAUGAUCAGCUUCGCUUUAUUUGGGACCAAAUUGACAUUUCUGAUCCAACUUGGACAUGCUCAAAAGAUGCUCAGCAAUAUGCUUCCAUUAGAGAUGAAUUUCGCCUCUAUGAAUUCUUGAUGUCACUUCACAAGGACUUUGAGCCCAUUCGUGGUCAGCUACUCAAUCGCAGUCCUGCUCCCUCUCUUGAUACUGCUGUAAAUGAGUUGGUUAGAGAAGAAGCUCGUCUUGCAACCCUUCAAGCCCAGAAUAAGCUCAAUGUUUUGACUAUUACUCCAUCUACUCUACUCAUAGAGCAACCCCAGCAAUCAGGUGAUUCUUAUGGCUCUAGCAAUCGUCGCAAGCAGACCAAUAAAAAGUUCUACAACUAUUGCAAGCGUCCUGGCCACACCAUUGAGACUUGUUACCGUCGUAACAAAUCUACUGCUGUUGUUGCUAAUAUUGAGCCUACUCCGCCACUAGCUUCCACCUCAGCUGAGUCCAAGUCUUUUGGAUCUACUAUCAACCUCUCCUCCACUGAACUACAGGAGAUCAUAGCUCAGGUUGUUCGUAUGGCUGGUAAUGCAUCUCUUUCCACUGCCUUAUCUGUUCUACCUGGUAAGUCUCAAACUUGGCUUUUUGAUUCUGCCUGCUGCAAUCACAUGACACCUCACUCAUCCCUAUUCUCCAAACUUGACCCUACACCACAUCCUCUAAAUAUUCAUAUAGCUGAUGGUUCCACCAUGCAUGGGAAUAGUCUAGGUUUUGUUUCAACCUCUAAUCUUUCUAUUCCUGGAGUCUUCCAUGUUCUUGACCUAUCCUAUAAUUUGUGCUCUGUGGGACAAUUAGCUGAACUAGGUUAUCGCCUUAUUUUUUACUAUUCUGGGUGUAUUGUGCAGGAUCCGAGGACGGGGCAGGAGCUUGGGACCGGUCCUAGAGUUGGGCGUAUGUUUCCCGUGAGCAAUCUUCAUCUUCCACCUGUUGCUCCUGUUUCUAUUGCUAUUGCAGCUGCUGCAGUUUCUUCCUUACCUUCUCUUACACUUUGGCAUUCUCGUCUUGGUCAUGCAUCAUCUUCUCAGGUACAACAGUUAGUGUCUAGGGGUCUGUUGGGUUCUGUGUCUAAAGACAUUUUUGAUUGUACUUCUUGUCAGUUAGGAAAACAGCCAGCUUUGCCUUUUAAUAACAGUGAAUCCAUUUCUAAUAGUAUUUUUGAGUUAAUUCAUUCUGAUGUUUGGGGACCUUCUCCUGUUGCUAGUAUUGGUGGAUCUCGAUACUUUGUUGUUUUUAUUGAUGAUUAUUCUCGUUAUAGUUGGAUUUUCCCUAUGAAAUCUAGUUCCGAAAUUUUAUCAAUAUAUAGCAAUUUUGCAAAAAUGGUUGAAACACAAUUCUCCAAACGUAUCAAAACAUUUCGAUCUGAUAAUGCUCUUGAAUAUACUCAACAUGCGUUUCAAACUCUGUUACAUUCCUAUGGCACUGUACAUCAUCUAACUUGUCCAGGUACCUCCCAGUAAAAU